CAGUUUUCCCUCUUCGGCUCCUGAUACACCGCUCUUCCACCCACCGGGCUACUUCCAGUGAUGGCGUUCCGCAUUUUCGCUACCGUCUGCAUCCUUCUCUCUAUGGGUACAGUCCACGCCGAUCAAGAACAACACGUGAAAUCUGCAGUGACAUGUCUUGAUGAUUGGUGGAAGACCAACAGCGAUUGUUUGCUCGAAGAUUCAGAGAAUGAGCCUCUGAAACGGAUCAUGGUGAGCCUGACUGAAGAGCGGCUUUCUGACCCCUGGCUUCAGUUAGCGCUCGACGAUGGAAUCAGCAAGUUAGCGAAGAGCCCCAGAACCGCACAGGUUGGUCAGGAAGGGUUGAGAUGCAUCGAAUGCAUACGACAACUAGUGCCUCCGCCAAGUCAUUGCAACGAAACUGAAUGAUGAAUGAAUAAAAUCGACCA